GUCCAUCUCUAUGUUGUGGCGUGGCCAUACCUUCGCAUACCAGGGCUGGAGUGUUGCCGCGUUCGAAGAUUAUACAACAAAACAGAAGUUUCAGCAAUUAAAUGGUUAUUUUUCAAUUAAAUUGAAGCGAAACCAGAAGUGCAUAAAUAUGAGUAGCUUAACUGCGGCAUUAGCUAUGCUGAGACAGCGUGUGAUCGCUCCAGCACUGGCAACAUCAACACGUUGUUACGCUGUCAAGCCGGCGGCACCAGCGGCGAAAAAGAAGAAGCUGGGAAAGCUUGGACCCAUUAUGGAAAAGAAGGUCAUUCCAGUAGAAACAGACGCCAACAAACUGGUGGGCUAUGUGUGUGGCAGUAACUACCUAAAGACUGGCCAGGACGUCAAGAUCAAACCGGAUGCAGAAUACCCCGACUGGCUGUGGACCCUUAACACAGAGCGGAUAAUACCCCUGGACGAGCUCGAUCCCAAUUCGAAGCAAUACUGGAGACGGCUGCGAAAGCUGGCCCUGCGCCGCAACAAUCAACUCUCCAAGCUGAAGAAGUUCUAGAGGCUUUCGUCGUCGCUGGGUUUGGGCCAGCGCUAGCGUUUAGUUAUUAUUGUUUCGGAGACCAGGCAUUGGCCUUCAACCUCCUUAAGUGUGUAAUCGUGUUGGACCUGUGUUUGCCUUGCUGUCCGGCGCAAGUACAUGAACACUUCGAUUAUGUUCUUUGCUAAAGUAAAUAACGUAAAUACAUUUUACAACGA